AUGAUUGGAAUAAAGUUUACGUUAUUAUGCUGUUUGAGUAUCAUUUUCUCUGUGUAUGCACCGCCUGUAAAUAAAAGUCCAUCGAAUAACAAAGGUGAUUCAGUUAACGAUGAAAAAGAAGCGAAGGAUAUAUUAGAUGAUCUUGAAUAUGCACGUUAUUUAAAAGAAGUAGUUGAAAUAUUAGAGAAUGAUCCAAAAUUUAAGAGUAUGAUCGAUAAUGCCACAGUUGACGAUAUUAAAUCUGGAAAUAUUGCACAACAUUUAAGUUUAGUGGAACACAAUGUGCGAACGGCGUUGGAUGAAGCAAAACAACGUGAAAUAGUUAGAUUACGAAAACUUGUUGCACAAAAAGUUCGUCUCCUUAAUGAUGUACAUCGACGAGGAGGACUUCGAGGCACUCCAAAUGAUCAUAUGAAAAAUAUAGUACCACAACAUAUUGAUCAUCAUAACUUGGAAACGUUUGGUGUACUCGAUUUAGAAAAAUUAAUACGUCGAGCAUCACUAGAUCUAGAUGAAAUAGAUAAACAACGGGAAAAAGAAUUUAAAGAUUAUGAAUUAAGAAAAGAAUAUGACAGACGUGAACAAUUAUCUCAUCUCAGUCCAGAAGAACAACAAAAAUUGGAACAUCAAUAUCAAGAAACUUUGGAAAAAAAGAAAAAACAUCCAAAAGUUAAUCAUCCGGGCAGUGUUGAUCAAAUGGAAGAAGUGUGGGAGAACGUUGAUCAUCUUGAACCUGAACAAUUUAAUCCAAAAACAUUUUUCAGUUUACAUGAUACGAAUACCGAUGGAUUCUUAGACGAAAAUGAAAUAGAAGCAAUUAUGUUGAAGGAGGCAGAAAAAAUCCAUAAUAAUGCAACUGAAGUUGAUGCAGUUGAAAAACAAGAAGAAUUAGAUAGAAUGAGAGAACAUGUUAUGAGAGAAUUUGAUAAAAAUAAUGAUCGUAUGCUUUCAUAUCAAGAAUUUAUGAGUGGUAUCAAUGGUACUGGAGCUAAAAAUGAACAAGGGUGGGAGUCAAUUGAAGAUAAACCUGUUUAUUCUGAUCAAGAGUUUCAACAAUUUUCUGACAAGAUGGCACAUCAAUCAACGCCUUUACCUAUGCAUCAACAAUCCCAGCAACAUAUUGAACGACAACAAGAACAUCAAGCACAACAGAAUCCUGUACCAAAUAAUAUCCCAUCACCAGUAAAUAAUCAAGGAUAUCCAGGACACCAACAGCAAGCACAACAGAAUCCUGUACCAAAUAAUAUCCCGUUAUCAGUAAAUAAUCAAGGACAGCAACAGCAAGCACAACAGAAUUCUGCACCAAAUAAUAUCCCGUCACCAGUAAAUAAUCAAGGACAUCCAGAACAACAACAUCAAGCUAUUCAUACAUAA